UUAAUGACCUAAAAUCGCAGCACAUUCUUCCCUUCCUAAUUUCUCUCACUUUCAAUUUCUCUCUCUCUCUCAUCUAAGACUCUCUUCUUCCUCUUUCCACACAUCGAGCCCAAGCUCUCCUCUCAAUUCCAGAGUUUGCGGAUACAGAAGCAGAUUCGAGAAAUGGUACGGUUACAGCCUGAUCCCUUCCUCAAUGAACUCACCAAUAUGUUUGAGCGGACUACGGAAAAGGGCUCUGUGUGGGUUACUUUGAAGCACUCUUCUGACAAGUCCAAGGUUAAGAGGAAUAAGAUGAAGACGGCUGGGGAAAAGAUUGAAUAUAAGUGCCUCAUUCGAGCUACAGAUGGAAAGAAAACUAUUUCAACAAUGGUCGGUCGAAAAGAUCACCAACGAUUCCAGUCGAGUUAUGCAACUAUCUUGAAAGCCCGGAUGACUGCCUUGAAAAAGAGGGAGAGGAAGGACAAGCGAAAGGCAGCAGAUUCUGAUAAAAAGCAAGCAAUCAAAACCCUCUAACUAAACUGGAAACUGGAUUGCUUGAAUGACUCUCUUUCAAAUGUUCUUUUUAUCGUUUAUAUUGUAUGAAUACAUCUCGAGUCAUUUGAUAUUAAGAAUUCUUUACAAUUAUUGCGAGGUUUGAUAAUCGAACUUUGUUGCGGAUUACAGUAUAUACACAAUUUGACCAUUGUCCAUUGCUUUA